AUGAGGUUUCUCUGUCUGCACGGCGCUGGAACUAGUGGUGCCAUUUUCCGCGCACAAACCGAGACGAGCACACCAGCCGCAUUUCGAGAGAAAUUGGACCCGGAAGAUCACACAUUUGACUUUAUCGAUGCCCCUCAUCCAUCCACGGCGGGCCCAGGUAUCGCCGCGUUCUUUCCCGGGCCCUAUUUCUCCUUUUGGCGCUCAACGGAUUUGGAAGAAGUUGGCCAGACGCACCAGUGGGUACUCAGACAUCUCCACAGCCAGGCCCAGCCAUACGAUGCACUACUCUGCUUUUCGCAAGGCUGUGCAGUUGCAGCCUCGCUGAUUUUCGCCCAUCAAAACGAGCAGCCUGAGGUUGAACUGCCGUUUCGCGCCGUCGUGUUCAUUUGCGGUGGGCCGCCCCUUCCCAUUCUUGCUGACUGGGGACUUCCUAUUCCGACAUCGGCCUGGGAAGUGAACGAACGGACGGGGCGAGAGCUCUGGGAGCAGGCAAAUGCGAAGCAGGGCCUGUUGGUUGCUCGUCGGGCAAAAAUCGAGCCAUCACCCGGUCGAAUGGCAACGUUUUUCCCGAAUGCCGAUGACCUGGAGAGCGAAGAUCCGUAUACACUGCCCGCUAUUGACCCGCGAGAUGUGUACGGACUCGACCUGACCCGGUUCCCUGAGAGCUGCCGGCUCCAUCUCCCCACCGUGCAUAUUUACGGGCGGCAAGAUCCUCGCUGUCCGAGCGCAAGGCAAUUGGCCUUAUUGUCCGAAGCCAAUCAACGGUUGGUCUUCGAUCAUGGCGGCGGGCACGAGAUCCCCCGAACGACGCGGGUGUCAGAAGCUAUUGCAGGGGCGGUGGAUUGGCUGGAGGAUUGUCUAGCUUGA